GAUUCCACUUUCAGCCAAAGGGGAGCUGCCCAUAUGACCUUUUAAACAGCUUUUGCUGCAACCCAACCCUCAACUUCCAACCCGCUAAACCCUCCCAUCAAACGUAGACUACAACACCAUUCAUUCCAUUCCAUUCUCAUUGAUCUCCCAGGCGUAGCAUAUAUGAACUCCGUACAGACAAAUAACUGAGGGAGACAAGGACACAUUGCCUUUUUAUAUGAAGACAAAGAAGAGCCUUGUCUUUGGAAAUGACGAAAUGGUGGUCCUGCACCAAGAGGUGCCUAGGACCCAAUGUUUACACUGAUGUUCCAGAUGGUGGCUGGGGCUGGGUGGUGGCAGUGGCCUUUUUUGUGGUCGAGGCGUUCACCUAUGGCAUCAUAAAGACCUUCGGGAUCUUCUUGAAUGAUCUUAUGGUUGAAUUUGAAGAGAGCAACAGCCGAAUAUCAUGGAUUCUCUCCAUCUGUGUGUUUGUCAUGACAUUCACAGCCCCACUGUCAUCUUUGCUGAGCAACCGUUUUGGCUUCCAGCCUGUUGUGAUGGUCGGAGGCUUCCUCAUCUCUUUAGGAAUGAUCACAACAGCUUUUACCACUUCUGUAAAUCAGAUGUACAUCACUACUGGGAUUAUAGCAGGACUGGGCUACUGCCUCACCUUCCUCCCCACCGUCACCAUCCUCUCCCAGUACUUCUGUAAGCGCCGCUCCAUUGUGACCUCGAUGGCUUCCACUGGGGAGUCAAUUGCCAUAUUUGCUUUUGCUCCAGCAUUUACAGCACUCAAAGCCAAAAUUGGUUGGAGGUACACAAUGGUAGUGAUUGGACUUCUUCAAGGUUCAAUCGUCAUAUGUGGGACCCUUCUCCGGCCCAUAGUGAUCAAGCCCUCACCUUCAGAUGAAAGCAGUAAGGAAAAGUUGUCCACACAGCAAGAGGCCAAACAGCCUAUAAACGGAGAACAACUCCAUGGGUCUGCUGGCUCAGGGGAUUCUGGUGUUCAGUCACUAGAAGACACUGAGGUGGGAGUCCAGGUCACAGAGAAGGAAGAGCAAAAGGCCCUUUCCCCGAAACCCAACGAGAAGCCAGCGAGACACAAGCUCCUGGAUCUUUCUGUACUGAAGGACGGAAGCUUCCUGUGCUACUCCGCGUUUGGCCUCUUCGCCACGCUCGGCUUCUUCGCACCGCAGCUCUACGUGGUGGAGCUGAGCGCUAGCCGGGGCGUGGACCGGGACAAGGCGGCGUACUCGCUCUCCGUCAUGGCCGUGGCCGAGAUCUUCGGGCGCCUCUCCAUCGGCUGGAUCAUGAGCUGGCGGCGCCUGCGGAAGAUCUACGUGCUGCUGGUGUGCGUGCUGCUCCUGUGCCUCGUGCUGGUGAUCUUCACGCUGGUGGGCGGCUUCUGGGGCGUGGCCGUGUGCUGCGUGUUCUACGGCUUUCUGCUGGGCAACGUGGCCUCCACCCACAUCCCCAUGCUCGCCGAAGAUGACGUGGUGGGCAUCCAGAGGAUGGCAUCGGCCGCCGGCGUCUACGUCUGCAUUCAGAGUUUUGCAGGCCUCGCCGGGCCACCUUUGGGAGGUGUUUUGGUGGACAUUACGGACAAUUAUGGCGCUGCGUUUUACUCCUGUGCUGGGGGUAUGGCACUAGGAGCCAUAUUUCUGGGAAUGGUACGACCAGCUAAGAUGGGCAAGCUCUGCUGGAAGAAAACCACUCAAGAGUCACAGAAGAGUCCAGCGGAGAGAGGUACCUCAGUAAAAGACAGCUCACCAGAAGACUUUGUUGAAGAGGACAUUUGCCCGGUCACCAAUCCAAAUGACCACUGAUCAGACAGUGCUUUGGACAUCAUCAGGAAAGACUGCUGACUUAUGAUAGUGAGUCCAGAAGACAUGCAUUGAUACCUUCCACGAGGGUAAGCCACAGAAGUUAAUUGCUGAAAAAAGAUGGUGUUCACAGAGUGCUGUAUCAAAGCAUAUUGAUGGAAAGUUGACUGGAAGGGAAACGUAUGGUAGGAAAAGGUGUGCAAGCAACAAGGAUGACCGCAGCCUUGAGGGAAUUGUCAAGCAAAGCCAAUUCAAGAACUUGGGUGAGAACAAGGAGUGGACUGAGGCUGGUGUCUGCAUCUAUAGCCACCACGCACAGGUGUCCAGGAAAUGGGCUACAAGUGACACAUUCUUAGUGUCAAGCGACUCCUGAAGAGCCUAGAGUGUCUUACCUGGGCUAAACAGAGACAGAACUGGACCGUUGUUCAGUGGUCCAAACUCCUCUUUUCACAUGAAAAAAAAAAUUGUAUUUCAUUUGGAUAGCAGGGUCCAAUCAAGGUCCUAAGACACAGUCAGUGAUGAUUUGGGGUGCCAUGUCAUCUGCACUGUGUUUUAUCAAGUCAAUUUUCACCAGAGUCAGUGCAGCCUUCUACCAGGAGAUUUUAGAGCACUUAAUGCUUCCAUUUGCGGACCAAGUUUAUGGAGAUGCAGAUUUCCUUUUCCAGAAGAACUCAGCACCUGCCAACAGUGCCAAAACUGCUACUAGCUGGUUUGCUUACUAUGGUAUUACUGUGAUUGACACAGUAUGAUUGACCAGACAACUUGUCUGACCUGAACCCCAUAGAGAAUCUAUGGUUUAUUGUCAGGAGCAAAAUGAGAGAUACCAGACCCAACAAUAAAGGCCACUAACAAAGCAACCUGAGCUUCCAAAACACCUCAGCAGUGCCACAGGCUGAUUGCCUCCAUACCACGCCACAUUGAUGCAGUGAUUUGUGCAAAAUCAGCCCGACCAAGUAUUGAGUGUAUUACGAACUACUUUAGAUUAGUCAGAUUAAUCAGAUUAGUUAAUUUCUUUUCAAAAUGUCAACAUUUCUGUAUUACAAUCUCUUUAUUGUAAUAUUCUGAUACUGAUUUUUGGUUUUCAUGAGUAAUAAGUCGUAAUCAUCCAACAAAAUCAAUAAAACAAAAAAUGAC